AUCCUCCAGAUCAGAUGAAGCGAUAACCGGUCAGAGCCAAACAUCUCAGCAUGAUGUUUGGCUUUCAAGUUUGAAGAAAUUCAUCAGACAGGAACAGUUUUUGUAAUUAAAAUCUUGAGAACUUUUUAUCUUAAAAUAUCGCUGACAGCGAAGGCGGUUAUAGUUUGAUUGACAGCGUUUUCUAUGCUCCUCCCCCCGACUCGGUUAAAUGACAGCGCGCGCCUGCGAGUUCGCGGCUGACGCCAGUACAGAGAGAGAUGCUGUAGAGCUGCUCAACUUCCACCAGAGAGUUAUUAUUCAGUUAAAAUUAUUAUUUGUGCCUCAACAAUGAAGACCAUACUCGCUGCGUAUUCCGGUGUGAAAAAGGGCUCAGGCUCCAGCAUCCUCUCGGCCUUACACGACCUACCCUCCGUCCCCUGGCUGACACGAUCCAAGAUCAUGAAAUAUCUGCAGGUGAUCUCUGUCCUGCAGUUUGUCAUCUCAUUUCUUGCCAUGGGCAUUGGCUGCUCUUUGCUGCUGAUGUACAUGUUUUGCACAGACUGCUGGGUAAUUGCUGCCAUUUACACUGCCUGGCUGAUCUAUGACUGGAACACCCCUAAACAGGGUGGCCGCAGAUCGACCUGGGUGAGAAACUGGACUGUGUGGAAAUACUUUAGAGACUAUUUUCCCAUAAGACUCAUCAAGACACAUAACCUGCUUCCCAGCCGAAACUACAUUUUUGGCUAUCACCCUCAUGGCAUCUUCUGUUUUGGUGCUUUUUGUAACUUUGGGACUGAGGCCACAGGAUUCUCCAAGAUAUUCCCUGGAAUCAAGCCGUCUCUUGCCACAUUGGCUGGAAACUUCCGCUUGCCAGUGUUUAGGGAUUACCUGAUGUCUGGAGGUAUCUGCCCAGUAAACAGUAACUCCAUUGACUACCUCCUGUCUAGUAAUGGUACGGGCAACGCUGUGGUCAUUGUGAUCGGAGGGGCUGCAGAAUCUCUGCACUGUACCCCAGGAAUGAACUCCGUCAUGCUGAAAAAACGCAAAGGCUUUGUGAAACUGGCCCUCAAGCAAGGGGCUGAUCUGGUGCCUGUCUACUCAUUUGGUGAGAAUGAGGUUUACAAACAGCUGAUUUUUGAUGAUGGCUCUUGGUGGCGAAUGGUUCAAAAGAGACUUCAGAAGAUUUUAGGUUUUGCCCCCUGCCUGUUUCAUGGCUGUGGACUGUUCUUCCCUGAGUCCUGGGGUCUUGUACCAUAUUGCAAACCCAUCACUACUGUUGUUGGGGAACCCAUCACAGUUCCAAAAAUCGAGGAACCGAGUCAGGAUGUCAUAGAUAUGUACCACGCCAUGUACAUCAGGUCCCUCAAGUCUCUCUUUGACAACUACAAGACCCGUUUUGGUCUAAAUGAGAGUGACACCCUUCAAAUUCAAUGAAAGACAGCACUGAAGAAUAAAAACUUUAUAAAAGACUCUGAAACACUCUGGAACAUCUGACUCCCAACUAAAGUGCCUGGUGAAAGGUAAAGGUGAAAGAAAUCAGUGCUGUUUCUAUAUAUGUGCCAUUUAUAUGGGACAAGUCCUGGCCAGGAUUUUUAUUUUGUCUAAAACAUACAAAGUAGUUUGACCAAUAACAUGCAUGUAUUGUACAUAAUCGACAAAUCGUCUCAC